CCGCCCGCCGCGGCAGCCAUGGGACCGCGGGAGCCGCGCUGCCGGCUGGAGGCGGUGCUCGGCGCCCUCUACGACCUGGGUGAGGAGCCCGGCGGUGCUCGGCGCGCUGCAGAGAACGGCGAAGCGAGAGCAGUGCCGCCGUCGGCGCAGGAGGAAGAGGAGAGACGGGAGCCGCAGUCGGCGGCGGGCGGGCGGCGCGGGGCCCGCAGCUUCUUCGGGGAGUUGCGGGCCGAGCUGAGCGCCGCCGGCACUGCCCCGCCGCCCCCCGCGGCCCCGCCCGCCGUGGAGGUCGUGGUGUUCCGCAGGAGGAAGAGGAAGGAGCGGCACGGCCCCUCGGCAGCGCCGGUCGGCGGAGCACAGACCCAAAUAGUGAAUGAAGAGAAAAAUGCAGUCAGACAAGAAUUUAACUUUGAAAAGGCUCGCCUGGAAGUGCACAAGUUUGGAAUCACUGGCUACAAGAAGCAGGAGCAACGUGUUUGGGAACAGGAGCGUGCUAUCAUGCUAGGAGCCAAGCCCCCUAAAAAGGUACAUGUGAACUACAGGACUUACCAAGAGAAGCUGAAAGAGAAAAAAGCAGUGAAAGAUGCUGAUAAAGAAACGGAACAUAAAGGUGAUUCUAUUAAGAAGAAGAAGAAAGAACAGAAGGAGAGGAAGGCCAAAAGGAAGAAAUCAGUGCGUAGCAUUUGGCCUGCAGGACAAGUUGGAAAAUUCAGAAAUGGGACCUUGAUUCUGCAAAGCCAUGACAUAAAGAAAAUUAAAUAAUCUAAAGUUAGUAAAUGAACUUCAUGAUACAGAGUGAAAUGGACAAUAUGCAUAAGAGAAAUCACAUUGCUACCAACACAGACUUCUGAGGCCUUUUGCCUAUCCACCAUAUCCUAAUUUUUUAAUAUUAUUUGUUAUAUCGGAAUUUUUAUGUACCAUUCUGCCUUGGGAUGAUUAUUAGAAUUUACCUUUUUAUAAAUAAAGAUUAGAGUUCUUAUUAAGAA